CAUUACGAUGGCAUCACUUUUGCUACUAGAGGGAUGGACGUUAUCAGACAUAGUGUGGUGGGACUCAAAUCAAACGUAAAACCAUCUUGAUUUUGCCGCUACUGAAAAAAUCUACGAAUUAUCGAGGUGAUGCACCAAUCGUUUCAUGACGGUUUGACCUUCAAGUACUCACUACCCUCCAUCAAUGGGCGGUACUAUUAGAUUGUUGCCCUAAUCUUACGUCUAAAUCGGCACUUCCUAAGCGUCCAACGUCCUGCCGUCUAAAUAAACCUAUUAACUCCGUAACUAUACACAUGUAGAUGGGAUCAUUAUGGAUAAAAAAUGUUUUUGGUGUGCAUUUAAGCGAGGAAGAGCUCCGAAACAUUCCGCAUUUAAGGAUUGAACUGCUAACGCAUAUCGCUCUCAGAACAGUUCAAACUUCAUGUCUUUUCGGAGCUAUCGUAUGUGCCCCGGUAAUUACCUUGCUUUCAGAACCCAAAACUUUAAGGUGUUUAACCAGAAGAUCAUUCAAAUUCGCUACUUAUGGAUUCUUACCCGGAAUCACCAUAGCCCCAAUACUGAUGUAUGCUCGAAUGAAAGAUCAACCGGACGAAGCAUUUUACGACAGGUGCUAUCGGCUACGGAGCAACAAAAGCCAGCUUCGUGUAGAUCGUUUCAGUUAUAUCGGUUUGGGAUGCGGCGGGAUAGCAGGUUUCGCCAACGCAGCUGGACCAAUACAAACAGCAAUAAUAGGAAUGAUGAUUGGGACUGUAGCAGCUGUUUGCUGUAAUAAAAUUGAAAAUAGCAUUUCUACACAUAAAUAGAUAUUAGAUUUUCUGCUCAACCUCUGUUCAUUUAUUUCCGUAAUAAAUAUCUUUUCCAAUAAUUAACUAGUUUGUGGUAGGAGAAUGUUUUUACUAUUUGUUAUUUAGCUAUGGAAAAGUCCUAAAUAUUUUACCUUCUUUAGUGAAGUGUAUGUUACAUAACUAUUUUGACAAUCUAGUACUGCAUAAUUUAUUAGUGUCGAUAGUUGAACAGUUCGUAGAUCUAAAUGACUUUAACUGUGGUAAUAAGGAUGAUAGUUCUCACCUUUCUCCGUAUACUAAGGCCUGUAUCAUCUCAGUCUGUGCCACUUUUCGGGCCGUUAAUGUGAGUAUAAUUAUACCCCUAAUGUUCAUAAUCCGGUAUCACGAUUAUGAAUUUGUCCCGGAUAAUUGAUAUGAAUACGAUUCACCCUUCAAUACAAUUACUUUCCAAUCCUUCGUAUUUCAGACACUUUCGAGUCAGGCUGUGUAAAAUCAGGAAUUGGUUAUGAAUGUUUAGGGUAUACUGCACUUCAAACACCAAAGAUUGAUAGGGUCAACAGGCCCACAUAGCCUACCAUUAGAAGCAUGAAGUAUGUAUAUUUCGGAGUCCACAAAUCUUUUGUUAUAUACUACAAGCAUGCAAAUUAGUUUCACCGAAAGGUAUAUGAUUCAUUUGACAAAAUAUAAGCACCAAACGAACAAUUCACGUCCAAUGUGACAUUAGUUUUAGAUAUGGCCAACCAGCAUGGGAGCUCUUCUUAUUCUUAUAAAGCAAUUACUUUACUACUAAUUGGUGUACAUCGUUUCUUAAUCUAAGAAACUCAAUUUUGACCUCAUCUGAACUAUAAUAUAGUUCAAAAAACCAUCUUGCUCACCACAAAGACCAUUCCAUCAAUUUUGUAGUCCUUAAACCACCCAGCGGCAGAUUUCCGCAAAUGAACUUGAUUGAAUAUAUUAUCAGAGUUGUGGCUUGAAAAUUGUAUUUCCAUAGUACCAAGUUGACUUAUACUAAGUACUCUCGUGAAACUACUUCUCAUAAUUUAACAAUAAUCCACUUCCAUACCUUGAUGUUCUAAGCAAGAUUAUGAUCAUCUGAGCUGAAGUAAAUCAACAGCCAUACUCAUAAAAUAAGAAUUUAUAUUAUAAAUGGCAUAUUAUGUUCGAUCUGUUCACCAAUUGGCAGAUAGCAAUAAAUAUUCAAAAUUAUCUGUCAAGCAUUUACCAAAAGUUGAUCAUAAAAGGAAAAUAAAGCAAAGUGGGUCCCAUUCAAAAAUAACUGUAAAGUGGAAAAUAAUUGAGAAAAUAUUUUCAUAUUCGCCUUCACUUCCAUUUGUACUAAAAGGGAAAUUGUUUCCAAAAAUCAAUUUUUACAAGAGAGAUGCAUCUUAUCAAAAAGAAUACGAUUUCUAUAAGAAAAGUCAAAAGAAAUAUUUCAACUUCGUUGGAAAGACUUUGAUGUUCCAAAUGUCCAUGAUUCAAUACUCGGCAAGCCGUUAGGGUGCGUGAAGUUAUCUGUACGUAAGACUGAGUCUUUAGGCGAUAGUUUUGUUUGUGGGCAGUUGUUAAUACUUGCAGACUGUAAAAUUAAUGGGGAGUUUUCAGUCGGUAGAUUCGAAGAGGGUAUAGUCUGUAAGAAGUCGUUAUUAGUAUCACAAGAAAAUAAAGUGAUCUGUUCAAGUUCGUCAAGUGAAGUUCCUGACUUGCAUGUUUCAAUAUCAUUAAAACUGAGUGCUGUAUCGACAUUUUCGUCCUCAUACUUUGACUUGAGGUUCUCCACGAAUAGGGACGUAUUUAUAUGACGACUGGAUAACACACCGAGAAAUUUCUCAUCAAUACCAUAUAAAUCAGUAGUAGCAGACUUCUUUUCAUCACUAAUAUCUUGUUUAGAAUUUAACACCUGACUGUCCUUUCUAACAUAUUUUGUACUUAGUCUUUCUCUUGGAUAACUUAUAUUAUGGUUACAGGUGCUCGGCAAGUUGUUAUAUUGAGAUUCAAUAUUUCCUAGUUUGAUUUCCGACAAAGGAUUAGAAUUUACUUUAUCAUGAUUAAAUCCAAUUUUAGAGGAAGUCGGAGGUAAGUAUGAUGUAGUGCUGUCAGUUGUUUGUGUAAUGAAUGGCUGAAAACUUAAAUUAUUUAUAUUAGUAUCCAGCAGCAUGCCAUUUAACAUUGAGGAAUUUGUUUUAAUUGGGAUUACUGUAGACUGCCUAAUAAAAGUCGCUUUGGGAGGUUCACACAGGAAAGUACGAUAUAUCAUUGGUUGUUCAUCUACAAGUUGUUGAACAGUUGGUGACUGUAUAUUCAAAAUUCGAAUUUCCUUGAUUUGAUUUCCCUGGUUUAGUGACGAUGGUGAUAUCAGGGAUUCAGUUAUUCCGUCAGUAAUUUGACAUGGUAUAAUUUUAUGUAAUUGAUAAGUUACAUGUUCGAUGUCCCCACUAUCAGUAACUAAUAAUGUCAUUGUUUCGUCGACUUCUUUAUUUUCCUUAGAAAUAUAGUUGUCAUUUAUGGCAGGUGAUAUGAACACUCUUUUGUCAUAUGGAUUGUUAACACGUGUUGCAUGGGAAUAAUUAUAAUCUACUUUUACUGGUUGGUAUAAUUCCAUGUUCAAUUUAUUAUUUACCUGUGGAUUUGGUGACGAUCAGCACGUGAACUUGGCCAAUGAACUGGUAUAGGAUGUAAUUCACCUAAAUGAUCCAUCCAAGAAUCUAAUGAUUGAGAUCGUAAAUCAGAACAUUGAUCACACAUUGUGAAGUCAAAAAUCCCAUUCGAAAAUAUGUUUGGACUGGGUACAAUGGAUGAUGAGUCCGAUAAAAUGCAUUCAUUAUCAGUCGAUUUGUGUCGACGAACAGAACAAACAUCAUAUGAGUUACUACCCAAGGAAUGAGUUCCAAGUUUUCCGCAAGGGCUACUUGACUGGGAUCGUGUUGGACGUUUAUGGAUUAUUACUGACUUUAUGGGUGAAGCUGACGCAGAACAGCUCAUGUGCAAACGUUUGGCACUUGGAGUUAGUCCACUUGUACGACUUGAAUAUUUAUUUUCUUUUGCCAUCAUAGAAGUUGGGUGUGGAUCAGUGAUCGCCAACGAAAUAAAUCUGGUUACGCUCGAUCCUCGCCUUCUGAUUUAUCUGGCACGUGUUUCUGGGUAGCGAUGUCCACAGUUAAUCUCAACUCGACGCCACGCUACAAUUGGUGAUCCCAAAGUUUGGAACACGCCUCAACCCCGGGUCAAAUCUUCCAAAGAAGCCAAUUUGGUGAGUCUAUUAUUUAUCUAUCCACGUCUGUCGUAUAUUUUCAUAUUAAUUUUUAAUAUAUAAUAUACACGACAUGACGGAUAGCGAGAAGAAUACUAUUAAUGUUAUAGACUCAGACGUACAGGCCAUUCACUUUCGACCUGUAUCAUUUAUCCCCCACGACCCUGAGGUCUGGUUUGCUGCUUUAGAGUCUCAGUUCGAGACUCGUCGCAUCACGAGCCAAAGGCAAAAAUACGCCUACGCUCUCGAAUCAUUACCCGGGGACCAUUUAGUAGCUGUUCGUGAGGUCGUCCUCAAUUCUAACGUGCCUAAUGUUUAUGACCGCCUCAAAGAGACAAUUCUCCGACAUUUCCUCCCAUCGAGGGAGGAACGAUUGAGGACCCUGUUAGCACGUCACCCCUUGGGUGAUGCUAAACCAAGCCAUCACCUCACGCGCCUGCAAUCUCUUGCAGGACCAACAGCAUCUGACUCGGAGAUAGUUAAGGAAUUAUGGCUCGAGUCACUACCAGCCCAUAUCCAACCUACUGUGACGGCACUGCUCGAGGACUCACCGCUUAACCAGGUAGCCCUCAUAGCAGACAAAAUUUUGGCGAGGACUAGUAAUAGAGACACCUAUGUAGUUGCUUCGACGGCACGUCCUAAAGUAGACAUGGACGCCGGUCAUUCCUCAGCUCAUGGUGACAGGGCCGGGUGUAUUCACACACGUCUUAGUUUUCGAGACCGUUGUAACGUACCCCAACCCUACGUCCCCCGAGCUCGCUCAAGUUCUCGCAAACCCGUCACCACUCGCCCAAAAAGGGCAUCUUCCAGGCCACGCCGAAAGGCGGCUACGGAAGCGAGUGACAGUUGGUGCUGGUUCCAUAGGUCCUUCGGGUCCGGCGCCCGCCGUUGUCGAGCACCAUGCUCAUACAAGGCGGGAAACGCCAGCGCCGGCGGGUAAAAGCGGCCGUACUCGCCGGCCCUUCACCCCAGGUUGGUCGCCUAUUCUGUGUGCACGAUUACCGCACGAACGCUAGGUUCCUAGUAGACACUGAGGCCCAAGUUUCUGUCGUACCACGAGGUAGCAGCAAGUCACAAGCCACAGUGCUUCGACUACGCGCUGCGAAUGGCUCAGUCAUUCCUACCUACGGUACACGACAACUCGCGGUCAACCUGGGCAACCGACGACGGUAUCUGUGGACGUUCAUCAUUGUUGAUGUUCCCACAGCCAUACUAGGUAUCGAUUUUCUACAGCACUAUGAAUUGCUUGUCGAUUCACGUAGGCUGCAGCUAAUCGAUACUUCGUCGAACAGCAAAUUCAUGGGCUGUAAAGCCCACAUGAACGCGUACCGAAUCCUGGGCACUUUUUAUUCGCGUGACGAUAAACUCCACGCUUUAUUCGAGAAAUUCCCCGUACUCACUAAACCACUCGAGGAGCUUCCAUCGGUGACCAAUCGUGUGGUACACCACAUAGUCACCCGCGGACCGCCAGUCACGGCACGACCUCGCCGACUGGCACCGGACAAAUUAGCUUUUGCUAAGCGUGAGUUUGACAAUUUACUAGCUACUGGUAUUAUUCGUCCUUCUCACAGUCCAUGGGCCUCUCCUCUACACAUGGUGCGCAAAAAAGAUGGGGUUAGUUGGAGACCAUGCGGCGACUACCGAGCUCUAAACGUAGUUACGCGCUUUGAUAGCUACCCCAUCCCCCACAUACACGACAUCACGGCAUCGCUCAAGGGCACGACUAUCUUUUCUAAGAUCGAUCUGGUACGAGCAUAUCAUCAGAUCCCAGUCGCUCUUGAAGAUAUCGAAAAGACCGCUAUCACGACUCCUUUCGGUUUGUUUGAGUUCCUACGAAUGCCAUUUGGAUUACGGAAUGCUGCUCAAACUUUUCAAAGGUUUAUCGAUAGCAUUGUACGAGACCUCGAUUUUGUUCACGUCUAUAUUGAUGACCUGCUAAUCGCAUCAUCAAACGUAGAUGAACAUUAUCAACAUCUUACGCUAUUAUUCCAACGCCUUUCGGAUAAUGGAAUAGUAGUUAACCCAGACAAAUGCGAGUUAGGUAAACGAGACACAAUAUUUCUGGGUCAUGUUAUCAAGCAAGAGGGUAUUCUUCCUUGUGAGGACAAAGUGCAAGCAAUAAAGGAGUACAACGAGCCGUCCUCACUCAAGGAACUGAAAGCUUUUCUCGGUUUGGUUAACUUCUACCGUCGUUUCAUCCCACACGCGGCAGAACGGUUACGACCACUAACCGACUUAUUACGCGGCAACCCACGCAGAUUGGAAAUGAACGAUUCUGCACGUACUGCAUUCACUGAAAUCAAAACGGCUCUUGCGCAAGCCACUCUUCUCGCCCAUCCCGAUCCAUCAGUCACGCUUAGUAUAGCGGUUGAUGCAUCCGAUGUCGCUAUAGGAGCAGUUAUGCAACAAAACAUCUCCGGUAGUUGGCAACCUCUCGAGUUUUUCUCACGACGCCUUACUACCACGGAGACGAGAUAUAGCGCUUUUGGUCGCGAGCUGCUAGCAGCCUACUGCGCCAUCAAACAUUUUCGGCACGCAGUAGAAGGACGUCAAUUCAUUUUAUUUACCGACCAUAAGCCCUUAACGUAUGCUUUGCAUACCAAGUCUGACCGCUACUCACCACGAGAGUGCAGACAUUUGGACUAUAUCUCCCAGUUCACGACAGACCUUCGUCACAUCCAAGGCAAGUCGAACUGUGUUGCCGAUGCUCUAUCACGAAUCCAAAUGAAUGCAGUUACCCUGCCGGUGCUCGAUCUUCCCGCUAUGGCCGCUGCCCAAGCAAACGAUCCCAGUUGUACAAAAGCACCACACUCUACGUCCCUUCAGUAUCAGGAAGUACCUCUAGCCACGACUUCUGGCACCAUUCUAUGUGAUACUUCUACCAGUCUUCCCCGACCCAUCGUACCCCCUGCUUAUCGCCGUCUCGUAUUCGAUGCCCUGCAUGGAUUAUCUCACCCAGGUAUCGCAGCUACUUUACGCCUCAUCGCUGCACGAUACGUCUGGCCGUCCAUGAAUAAAGAUGUUCGUAUGUGGGCGAAGCAAUGCUUACAAUGUCAACGAUCAAAAGUGCACAGGCACGUAGCCGCCCCCUCGGUACAUUCGCUACGCCUGAUGCUCGCUUCGAUCACGUUCACUUAGACAUUGUAGGACCACUGCCACCAUCGCACGGGUAUGAUCACAUACUCACGUGCAUCGACCGCUUCACCAGAUGGCCCGAAGCUAUACCCAUCACGUCUAUCACGGCGGAGACAGUUGCUCACCGCUUCGUAGAACGAUGGAUAGCUUUAUACGGUUGUCCCUCGACUGUCACGACUGACCGAGGACAACAAUUCGAGUCCGCACUAUUCUCCUCACUUACUCGGCUGCUUGGUACGGAACGCAUACGCACUACCGCCUACCAUCCAGCUUCAAACGGUUUAGUUGAAAGGUUUCACCGUCAACUUAAAAGUGCUCUUCGGGCACACGAAAACGACGACUGGUACGAAACCUUACCGCUCGUUCUACUAGGUAUUCGAACGAGCUCGAAGGCAGAUAUCCAAUGUUCCGCCGCUGAACUUGUAUACGGCACGACAUUGCGUCUGCCCGGGGAAUUCUUCACACCACGGAGCAGACCUAAUUUCGCUAAAUCAGACUACGUCCAACGACUGUCUGCAUUUAUGCGAACGCUGCCUCCGGUGUCAACUCGAAUACGACAUCGACAGGUCGCUCUCCCUCGAGAGUUGUCUACUUGUCCACAUGUUUUCAUACGAGUAGAUUCGGUACGCAAACCUUUGCAACAACCUUACGAAGGCCCUUUUCGCGUGAUCGCUCGUCACGAAAAGACCUUCGAGGUUGAUCGACACGGCCGCGUCGAGAUCGUCAGCAUUGAUCGUCUCAAACCAGCACACGUCGAUGACAGUGCCCUAUCUGAUAACCUGAGAUUCAACGCUAGACCAAGCAAACCUACUAACGGGAUCCUCAAACCAUCUUCAGGUCCCACGCUAGAUACACCUGAGACCUCACUCUCACGUCCCAGUCAACAGCACGCAUCAUCUGCACCGUCUACGGACGAGACGACAGUCUCACGUCCAGAUCAGCAGACCACGCCGCCCUUGACUUCGGAUGAGAUUGCAGGCUCACGCGACGCGAACGAGACUGCCGUCUCACGUUCCGGUCGCCGAGUACGGUUACCCGUACGCUUCCUCGACUAGUCGCACAGUCGACAACCGAUACGGUGUAGGAAUAUUCCUAUGCUACUUGCAUGCUACACUCUUCUCUUUUUUUGAUUUUCUUUUUGUUUUCUGAGCCCACGCCUUCGACCAUCUCCGUUUGGUUCCGUCGACUUCAGUCAAAUUUGGCGAAAGCUGGCCUGAUCACCCACGCUCUUGUCAACGUACUCAAUCGAUAUCCUCGUUUCGAAUGUUUGACACACGCUUGGUCUCGAACUUCGUCGUUAUGGUCGCUUCUGGUUCAUCGGAUCAACGUGGUUUCGUCCUUCGUCUGCAGCGUUUCUGGUGCGCACCCCUACGAACGCAAUCUUCAGAUUCUGGAUACAAACCACUCUGGUGUAGCAUGCCAACUCAAGCAAUAACUACAGCACAUCGCUCCUGAUACCGUUCUCCAAAAACGACUUUCGUUGGCAACUUGACGACCAACGAUCGCUUUCCUGUUCGCCAAUCUUUCCGUCCUACAAUCGCUCGUCAGCCGAUCCGUCCCACGUUUCAAACCGCUAUUUAUCGAAAGUGUAAACCCUUUCUAGCGGGGGGCUCCUGUAGUGACUCACAUUUAUCACGAGAACACGACUGGUUUAAUAAAAACAAUUAUUAUUAUAACCAACUGUACCAGUGUUUGUUUUAAUGUGCUUUUGUUUAACUGUGCUAAUUAUAGCCAUUUUGUGCUUCCAUUACCUUCCAUCAUUGUUCCGCGGUUUUUGGUACUGUUCGCACGUACUCCUGUCUUUUGCUUCCACUUGUACCACUUCUUGGCACGAUCUCGGUAUUCGUUCAAUACCACGAGAUCGCCAACGAAAUAAAUCUGGUUACGCUCGAUCCUCGCCUUCUGAUUUAUCUGGCACGUGUUUCUGGGUAGCGAUGUCCACAGUUAAUCUCAACUCGACGCCGCGCUACAAUGUAUUGUGACGUAUACAGUUUCAUACACAAAUCUCCACUCAGUUUUAUUUCCCACGUUUCCAGUUAAAUCCAGCAUUCUGGUGUCCACCAUGAAAUUCAGAAAUUUGAUGAUUUACAAUUAUAAUUGACUUUUGCAACUAUAUUGAUGAUAAUGAUAUGAGUUGUAACAAAAAGGUUUACAGGCUAGUCUUUAAAUUACCGAUUAUUUUCUUCGAGAUACUGUUGUUACGAUGAAUUGAAAGAUACGAUGACAUCUUGGAAUGACUAAAUUGGUUGGUUUGAUAUUCUACUAGCAGAAACGAUCUUAGAAUUCUACAUGAACAGACUUGAGAUGUAGAACAGGUGG